GGAACGGCUGUAACUCUUCGUUAUAUGGCAAGACUUUAAGAAUUCAGAAUUACAUUCUCAUUUUUACUCACACUGCUCUCACAUUUGCUUUCCUCUGCAACUCCAAAGAAAUAAUACAACCAUGGCAGCUUAUGCAGCUCUGGUUUCUGUUAUGCAUAUCAUAGAUAACCUUCAGCUUCAUCCUCGCCCUCCUAUUUCUCUCCACAUUAAACAACUUCACUCUCUCAUUCAAAAGAUUAAUUUCCUGCUCGAAUUUCUCCAAGGCUAUAACCCUCAUCUUGGCUACACCGCAGAAGCAGAUCCCUUAGAGAGUCGCAUUGCAGAUGCAGCUCAUGCGGCUGAAGACGUGAUUGAGUCUCACAUUGUGGAUCAGAUCACAAGUGAUGGGAAAAAGAUGAGCUCCGAUGCCUUGUAUGAAGCUCUAGAGAAGGUGAUGGAGGAUAUGGGUUUGAUCGAAAAGGAGGCCAUGGAAAUCAAAGAGACUGUGGGAGUCCAACAUCAGCUGCACAGAAAAUCAACUCCUCUUGCAGAUUCGUUGAGAUCUUCUUCGAUUGGGAAGAAGAAGAAGAGUAGGAUGGUGGGUGUUGAUGAUGUCUUGUAUAAUUUGAAGGAUAAGCUCACUUCUCAUAGCAAAGAUCUACAAAUCAUUCCCAUUGUAGGGAUGGGUGGCUUAGGUAAGACUACUCUUGCUUUAAAUCUUUAUCAAGAUCGUCUCAUUAGGCACCAUUUCAAUAUCUGUGUUUGGGCUACAAUCUCCCAAGAAUAUACCAUUACAGGAAUUUUGGCACAACUUCUUCUUCAACUAAUUGAUGAAGAAAUUGGUCAAGAUUUGAGUGCCAGUGUAUUAGGAAAUAAGUUGUAUCAACAUCUGUAUUCUAGAAGAUUCCUAAUUGUGUUGGAUGAUAUGUGGAGCAUUGAUGCAUGGGAUGGAAUUAGGAAUUAUUUCCCAAAUAACAAAAAUAGUAGCAGAAUAGUGGUAACAACUAGGCUAUCAAAUUUGGCGGUUAUAUUAACAGACUCUAAUGGCCUUGAGAUGAAACUUUUGAAUGAGGAUCAUAGUUGGGAACUACUCUCCAAAACUGUGUUUGGAGAAGAUGUUUGCCCACUUGAACUAGAGGAAAUUGGGAUGAAAAUAGGAAAAAGUUGCGAAGGACUUCCAUUGUCUAUUGUUGUGGUUGGAGGACUUUUGGCCAAGUCCAAACGUACAAGAGAAUUCUGGGAAUACAUAGAUGAAAACAUAAAUUCAAUAUUGAAUUUAGAGGAUGACAAACGUUGCUUAAAGAUAUUACACAUGAGUUAUAAGCAAUUGCCAGUUUAUUUGAAACCGUGCUUUCUCUAUAUGGGAGUUUUUCGCGAAGAUGAGGAGAUCAAUAUCUCAAAGCUCAUUAAAUCAUGGGUUAGUGAAGGAUUUCUAAAAGCAGUAAGUGGGAAAAGCUUGGAAGAGAUAGCAAUAGAGUAUUUAAAAGAGCUUAUUGAUAGAAAUUUGGUCUUGAGUCAUGAGUUGGGUAGUAUUGGAAACAUAAAAAAUUGCAAAAUUCAUGACUUGUUGAGGGGUUUGUGCUUGAGAGAAGCUGCUAAGGAAAGGUUUUACAUUGUCGACACAAGACCAAUGUCUAAUCCUCAAAGGAAACGACACAUUGUUAAAUUUAGUACGACAUCAGAGAAUGAAGCCAUAAACUCGUUUUCGUAUGUUCGUUCUUUGAUAUGGAUUUCUGAAGACGAAGAAAUACCACUGCCCAGUUUUAGGUUGCUAAGGGUAUUGGACUCGCCUGAUUAUAGAUCCUCAGAUUUCAAGGAAAACAUUUAUCAGUUAGUUAACUCACGCUUCCUUGCUUUCUCAACCUACAGAUUCUAUUUUUCAAUAUGGCCAUUUUGGAAUCUACAAACAUUAAUUUGUGGGUAUCACAUGAUGGGUGACGUUACAAUACCAACUGAUAUUUGGUGCAUGCCUCACAUUAGGCAUGUUCAAUUACCAGGGAUCAAUCUCCCGGAUCCUCCCAACGGCCAAGAUGACAUUGUUUUGGGAAAUUUGCAAACAUUGGGUGUAAUAAAUCAUUUCAAGUGUAACCAACAAAUGGUUAAGAGGAUUCCAAACAUCAAAAAGUUGAAAAUACGUCAUCGUGAUGACAAUUAUUGUCUAAGCAAUUUAGACUAUCUGGAAAAACUUGAAUGCUUGAGCUGUUCUUUUUUUCAAGAGAUUGUAGGGAUGAAUCAGAUUAACUUUCCACACUCGCUCAAGAAGUUGUUUCUAGAGACUAAUGAAUCCCAAUGUUGGGAAGACAUAUUAGAUAAGAUAGGUGUGUUGCCCCUUCUUCAGAAGCUCACACUCUAUGGCGGGAGCUUCAGACAAGGGCAAUGGGAAACAGCUGAAGGCCAAUUCCGCAGUCUCAGAUUCUUGGGUCUUUGUAAAUGUGUGGGUCUACAAGUUUGGACAAUAGAAAGCUCUCACUUUCCAUGCCUUGACAACCUUCUUAUUAGAGGUUUGGAGGAGCUGGAGGAGAUCCCUAUAGAUUUUGCGCAAGUAUCCGCACUUAGAGUAAUUGAUGUGCAAUGGUGCAGCGAAGCUGUUGUGGUUUCUGCAAAAAGAAUAUUAGAGGAACAAGAGGAAUUAUACGGGGAAGAAGAAGCCCUUCAAGUCAGAGUUGAGCCUCUCAAUCAUCAAUGGCAAAGCGCUGGAGAGCAUGGCGAGCCCUAAUUUUCGUUUUACAAACUAAGGUAGUGCAAGAGCAUGCACAUAGGUGGUGCUCCUAUUUUCUUAUGAAUUCUCCUUCUUCGAAGCUGUGGGUUAUUUGACGAUGGCCACUUAUAUCCAUACUCGAUUUCUUGGAUGUUGCUUUUCAUUAGUAUUUUAUUAUAAAAUCCGUGUAUGUAUUAUGUUGUGAUAAGUAAAGAAUAAGAUAAGCUAGAAAAACAUGUGAAGAAUGAUAAGUUGAAAUGUGCAGUCUUUCACAUUGUCUAUAUGUUGAUGCUUUAUGUUGAAGGUGUAUAAGGAGGCUCGCCACACCAUUAACAUUCAGCAGCGCCUGAAAAGUGGAAAAUUGGAGCUGGAUUCAUUGUAUUGCUGGCAUGCCUUGAGCAAGAUAUUGGCCCAGUCUUCCUCUUCACAGAUUCGCUCUUGGCUAUUCACGUUCUCCAUCAUGGUCGUUGAUUUCUAUCAUGCUCGGGGUUUCCGUCGUGGCUUCAAGAUUUUGUAAACUCUGAUUAUUUCUCCGAGUGUUGCUGGGGCUUCCGCGUGGAAAUGGUGCUCCAGAUGUACUUGCCAGUAUUGCAGCCUUCGUAGGGACGAGAGCUGCAGAAUAGUGCGACGGACGAUAUGAGGAAGCUUGGGCGCUGGCUUUGGGUUUUUCAAUUUGGGGAUGAAUGAGUUUCUUAUCAAAUUAAAAAAUAUAUUUUUAUUUACCUGAGUUUGCUGGGAAUCCAAACUAACAACGACAAUAUGGAUAUGGUGUGAAACCACAUGACAUACCGACAGCUUUAUGGUUUUGCAUUUUUUAUUUCUCAAAUUUUCCUUAUUUCCAUUGAUUAAAGAUUUACAUAUUCUCUUCUAA